UACAAAUACUACUAACAAUGAAUUCGAUCGAUAAUGAACGACGAAUGGUGAAUGACGAUUGACAUCUAUUCUUGCUUACGGAUUGGAAUCCUUGAUUUUCAAUGUUURUCGUUCCUUGCGACCCAACCGUAAUGGAAGACAUAAAGACGACAAGAGCAAGCGUAGAAAAUGCUAUUUGAAAUCAUAGACCGACACUUUCGAAAGAAUCAAGAACGGACUGUACUGCCAGCUUACGAAUCGACCAACGCAUAGAACGGAACGGAGCAGUUGACGGCAUAUCAAGCCACCUGCAAUAAGACUCAAUCCAAUCCAAUCUAAUUCAAAUCAAAUCAAAUCAAAUCAAAUCCAACCCAAACCAAACCAAACCAAGACAACAAUGCAAUACACCCCAUCCGACAAGAAACGGUCGCGGUCCCACGCCGCCACUCGCAGCAGCUCGCGGUCACGGCGGCUGGGCCGAAUCGCAGCGCCACACCGCCAACCGUCGUCCUCGCAAUCGUCGUCGCCUCGAAUGGUCUGGCUCUGCCUGGCAGUAGCAUCCGCGGCGUCGCUGUGGCUGCCCUUUGUUUCGGAAUCGGCCCGGGGGCUGUCCCCCCUAUACGGUGCGGGCGCGGGAGACCAGGUCCACGAAUUGCUCGCCACCUCCCCCGGAGYGAGCUUACUCGGAUCCGGGACAGACGACCGCGACACCAGCAAAAAGAGCGAAUCCCGGGAUUAUAACAACGCGCUGCGGAAAGCAUCGGCGGCAAGGGAAGCCGCAGAACGAGCAGCCUCGCUAUACGACGCGGGGGACCAGGCUCUCAAAUUGUUCAUGAACUCCGCCAGAGCGAGCUUUCUCGGAUCCGGGACAGCCGAUCGUCACACGGGCAACCGUCCACCGGGACAACGUUUCGAGUCCAGCUCACGAUUCCCCACGGACGAAUCCCAGGAUCAUUACAACGCGCUGCGGAAAGCAUCGGUGGCAAGGGAAGCCAUAGAAAGAAAAUCGAGAGACGGCUCUGGCGAUGGGAAGAAAUCCACAUCACUACCCCCCCAGGUGUUGUACAUCGCCUGCUGUGGUCUCGGCCACAGGCUUAUGCGACAGGCAGCUUCCUUUCACGGUGCCAGGGGCCUGGGGGCACGCCACCUGUGGAUCAAGUGGGGAACGGUGUGCGCAAGCAAAGGCACGCCAAAAUCAUCGAGAAUCGACCUGUUUGAGCUGCUCUUUGGGAGCGGACCGAUGGUAGCCAUCGARACGGCGGCCAAUGUUACCGAAGGCGUUCGAGCUGCGGCUACCGAUCUGUCGCUGGAGCGUUCUGCCGAAGCAGAACGAGGAGCGGUAGCAACCAACCAUACCAACGAAUCAAUCGAAAGAAAAACCAAUCGCGAUCCUGAAAAGAACAACAUAACCAAGUUGUCCUCUUUCUUGCACACGGAGUUCCAUCGUGUUGAGAAAGGAUUGCGCACAAAAGAGACGCUCCGUUUCAACAACGGAGCCCCGGGGUACGAGUAUCGCUGCCCCAAGAAGACGAGAGAGAUGGUAAUGGACAAGGCACGUUCCGACMAUGAGUUCUACAAACAGCUCCGAUCGCUCUUUCGGUACAACUACAAGAUCUCCCGUUUUGUUCAGGAACAGCGCUUCUCGGAGCGCAUUACCUUUGGGGUUCAUGUCCGAACGGGAAACGGCGAAAAGGGUGAUUUCAAAAACAAGAACCGAGGAAUCGGGGAAGACCUGGACGAGUUUUUGGCGAACCUGGCAAAGACCCUAUACGAGCUGGGCCGGAACAUGAAAUCUGCGGUGGGAGGAAAACACCUUACAGAUAAUUCCCGCACCCAGGCUCUGCCCCCACUGGUGUUCAUUGCCACCGACGACGCGUCGGUUGUCGCAAGGAUGGCAAAGGUCUUGGCUCCCUACGGUAUUGCCACCAAGGCCUUUCCCCAGCUGCGGCUCGAGGCCAACGAGGGGGUGACCUACGUCACAGACUUUGGUUCCUCCAGGGCAUGCAUAGCCAACUGGGCUAGUCAAUUCAUCGAUGCCUCACUCCUCGGGGCGACCGACGCGUUGAUCGCAGCCCGGUAUUCGUCGUUCACGCAGUCACUGCCGCUGGCGACGGUCCUCUCGGAAUCCAUCGUCCGUGGUGGUGCGCAACACAGAGAGACCGGCAGCGAUCGGUUCGCGAAUCGGCUGUUCUGCGAGGUGAACCGAUUCGGGGACGGAAUGAAGUGCUACGACGAUUUCGGUGACUGGGCAAUGGACGAGAACCAGAUUUUGUUCCCCGCCGAUCUUCCGAGCUGGAACGCUACCGAAAUUGCUCAAGAGUCCACGUGGGUGCCACACAGAAAAGAAUUCUUCGUGCCGUGUCCCUAGAGGGAUGUACGGAUGGAACGAUGGAUGAAACGAUGCGUGGAACAUCGCGAUCGCCAUAGGGAACAGAACGAAGGGUGGAACAGAAAGUGACACAAUACCACGCACCACUGCAGCACCUCGCUUGCAUUAAACGCAGAAUACUACACCAUUUCAGUUCGGUGCCAGCGUGAAAAAAACUGUUAAAGUGGCUACUGAUGUAAAAUAAAUAUCAAUCUUCAUA